CCAAAACUUCUAUGCUUUGUCUGACAGAAAAAUAUAUUUGUUUACUUUACAAUAAUUUAAAAUAGAAUAGUAUAUUUCUUGAUGUAAAAUAAGUUUAAUCAGUAACAACAUAUAUUGUUAUACUUUAUAGUUAAUCAUCAUACAAAAUGAAGUUUUCAAUUCCUGAAAUAUCAUGGCAUAAUCGAGAUCCUGUUCUAAGCGUAGAUAUUCAACCUAAAUGUGACGAGAACGAACCAUUGCGGCUAGCUUCUGGGGGCACAGAUACUCAUGUUUUGAUAUGGCAUAUCUCUAUAACAGAAAACGGUUCUAUCAAGUUAGAGGUAGCAGCUGACUUAACACGCCACCAGAAAUCAGUAAAUGUCGUGAGAUGGUCUCCAGAUGGAAAAUUACUUGCAUCAGGCGAUGAUGAAUCGAUUAUAUUUAUUUGGAAGCCUAAAACUGAAGAGUCAGCGACUUCAUCACAAGACGGCGAAGAACAAUAUAAGGAGAAUUGGGUUAUUCAUAAAACACUGCGAGGACAUGUCGAGGAUGUUCUGGACUUAAGUUGGAGUGUUGACUCAUUGCACCUCGCCUCCGGCUCAGUGGAUAACAAACUACUCAUGUGGGAUAUUGCAAAAGGCAAAUACACUUGUCUUUCAACUGACCAGGGCUUUGUGCAAGGAGUCUCGUGGGACCCUAAAGGGCAGUUUAUUGCUUCAGCUAGUAGUGAUAGGACUUUUCGCAUAUUUGAUGUAGCAACUAAGAAAGUCGUAUCUAAAAGUAGCAAAGCGGUCCUGCCCUUUCCGAAAGACCAUGCGCUGUAUGACACCAAAGUCCGUCUGUACCACGAUGAUACGCUACAAACAUAUUACCGAAGGCUGGAGUUCAGUCCCGAUGGCCUGCUGAUAGCGGUGCCCGCCGGCCGCAUCGAGCCGGAGCAAGCCAAGAUGGAUGUCAAACCAAUCAAUGCUGUUUAUAUUUACACAAGAUACUCCUUAAAAGUGCCGGCGUGCGUGGUGCCGUGCGGCGAGCCCGCGCUGGCGGUGCGCUGGUCGCCGCUGCGGUACGGGGCGCGCGGCGCCGGCCCGCCCGCCGCGCUGCGCACGCGCUCGCGCCUCGUGCUCGCCGUCGCCACCAAGCGCUCGCUGCUGCUCUACGACACGCAGCAGAGGACGCCCAUCGCACUUAUCUCCAACAUACACUAUACCAGACUAACAGACUUGACGUGGUCGUCUGACGGGCGCGUGCUGGUCGCCUCCAGCACUGACGGCUUCUGUUCCAUCAUCACCUUCGCUGAGGGGGAGCUCGGGGAGCCUCUGCCUGAAGACGAAAUACUAUCAGAUUCAAUCGAAAAAGAUACAACGAAACCAACUAACAAGGAAAAUAAACAAGAAGACAAUAUAAAACCAACGAAAACAUCUAAUAUACCAAAAAUAGAUUCCUUUAUUAAAUUCAAAGCGCCCGAUGAAUCUCCUAAAAAGCAGAAAAUAGACAAAAUACAGCAAAAAACACCAGUCAAAGUGGAUUUACUUGUGGAAACUGCAAUGUCUUCGUGGUCUGAUAGUUCCAAUAAUGAAAUUAUCAGACCAAAAACUGAAGAACCAAUGGAAAUAGAUAAAGACGAAGAAGUAAUGAUCAUAGAAGAUUCUGAAGAUAUGAAAUUAGUGUACGAAGACACACAGAUGGAUAAAAAAUCACCAGAAAUUGAACAGAAAAAAAUCUCACCAAAAUGUGAUACACCAACUUCGAAUAAAAUAAGUGAAAGCAAUUUCCUAAAACAGGCAAAGGUGACAGAUAUAAAAGAGCCAGUGGCGCUGAAAGCUGUCCCCAGCCCUAAAGCGCCGCGCAGAGUCAACUUCGUAACACUGUCCAGCCCCAAAAAUAAGAAGACUUGUUAAUUAUUGUAAUAUACAUACUAAUAUUGACUAUAAAGAUUAUUAUAAUAUCAA